AUUUCCGCAUGGUAAAUGGUCUUCAGAGCCGUCAAACGGCAGCAAUUUCCACGCGGUUUUGUCCUCGCGGCAGCCGAAGAGAAGUCGGCAAGACGCACGGAAAAAUUCUCAGCAGCUUGUUCACCCGCCGGCAGGUAGUGCGCCGGCGGCAAUCAGGCGAUAUCGACGAGAAAUUUCAGAAAGGGAUUGAUUAGAAGAGGAAGAAAAGGAGACGAGGUAGGAGAAAAGCGGGAAGAACAAGAUGAUGAUGACUACGAGCUCCAUGGGGGCCAUGGAGACCACUAUCCUGAACGACAUCAUCAAGAGGCUGCUUGUCGGGGGUAAGGGAGGCCGCUUUCGGCAAGUCCAGCUAUCGGAGUUGGAGAUCCGGCAGCUUUGCGUCGAGGCCAAGCAGGUGUUCCUCUCUCAGCCAAAUCUGCUCGAGUUACAAGCACCAAUCAAGAUCUGCGGUGAUAUUCAUGGACAAUUCAUUGACCUUUUGAGAAUCUUCGAAUGUGGCGGAUUCCCUCCAUCGUCCACAUAUCUAUUCCUAGGUGAUUACGUUGAUCGAGGAAAACAAAGCCUGGAAACGAUUUGUUUGCUCCUCGCAUACAAAAUCAAGUACCCUAACAAGAUUUUUCUUUUAAGAGGAAACCACGAGGAUGCAAAAAUUAACAGGGUUUAUGGCUUCUACGACGAAUGUAAGAGACGAUUCAAUGUUCGUCUAUGGAGGAUCUUCACGGAUUGCUUCAAUUGCUUACCCAUUGCCGCAAUCAUCGAAGAGAAAAUACUGUGCAUGCAUGGCGGACUCUCUCCUGAACUCACAAGUUUGGACCAAAUAAGAGACAUGCAGAGGCCCUCCGAGAUCCCUGAUUAUGGUCUCCUCUGUGAUUUGCUUUGGUCCGAUCCGGACCCAGACAUCAAAGGAUGGGGAAAAAGUGAUAGAGGAGUUUCGUGUACUUUUGGUGCCGAUAAACUUAUAGAAUUCUUAGAAAAGAACGAUCUUGAUCUCAUAUGUCGUGCUCAUCAGGUGGUCGAGGAUGGUUACGAGUUUUUUGCCAAGAGGAGAUUAGUGACGAUCUUUUCGGCUCCCAACUACUGCGGAGAAUUUGAUAAUUGCGGCGCUUUGUUGAGCAUAGAUAAGUCCUUAAUGUGUUCCUUUGAUAUUUUGAAACCUCUAGAGGUGAAAGGAGAGGGUGGUGGUGUUAAAGCCUUGAGACCGCUUCCAAAGAAAUUGCCAAACCUAUUUAAUGGAUUGCUUGGAGUUUCCUCUCAGUCGAAGAGUGGAGAUAGUAAGUAGCCCGUGGUGAUCUUAGUUGUUCCAUGGCCAAGCUUAGGAGGAUCCUCUCCCUGAUCUGCUCUUUCUCAUUCCUAUUUCAAUUUGUAUAUUUCAGUUAGUUUCAUCUGUAUAGUGAUAAAGGGUCUGUUGUUUUUUUAUUUUUAUUUUUUGCCCCCACUUUCAAUCUUUUUUGUGCUUGUACCUCUUUGCAUUAUUUUUCUCCUGUGAUGACUUAAAUAAUGACUCAUGAAAAUAUUUUGUUACCAAUUUAAGUUCAUAUUGUGAGAGUAUGUAAGCCAGUCCCACUA